GACAGAGAGAGACAGGUCACAGAGGCUCUUCCUCACCUCUUUGCUCUGCACUCAACUUGUUAUUUCCAUCUGAGCUCACACCGCCCACCUCCGCUCUAUCUCUCUCUUUCUCUCUAUCUCUCUCUCUCUAUCUCUCUCUAUCUCUCUGUCUAUGUCUCUCUGUCUCUCACACGGUGCGCCCAUGCGCUCCUCACACCUCAAAGAUCUACUUUAAAAGUCACCUCUCUUUUGGAUAAAUGGAGACAACCUGAGCCUCUGCGAUUAAUGCUGGACCAACCGGUUUAAACUAACAAACAAACAAACAAGAAAAGAACAACAACAGCUACACCUUGGCUAAGUUUCCCUUCCAUUCUUUGGACAACAUAAACCGCAUCUCAGGGCGUAAGAGAUGGAGAACGGGAUGUGUGACGACGUGGAGGCGCUGUGGGAGAAGGUGGAGUGCAAACGGUAUGAGCUGUGUCGCACCAUCACACCGGCGAAGCUCACCCCCUACCUCCGCCAGUGCAAAGGCCUGGAUGAACAGGACGAAGACGAGAUCCUCAGCUCCCCGCUGCUGAUUUCCAAAGUCAACCGCACAAGCCGUCUACUUGACAUCCUCCACACUAAAGGAGAGCGGGGGUAUGUGGCAUUUUUGGAAAGUCUGGAAUUUUACUACCCUGAGCUAUACAAGCUGGUCACAGGGAAGGAUCCCACACGACGCUUCUCCACCAUCGUAGUGGAGGAGGGUCACGAGGGUCUGACCCAGUUCCUGAUGAACGAGGUGACUAAGCUGCAGCAGCAGUCCAAAGUCAAGACCAUAGAGCGGGCCGAGCUCAGCAGGAAGUACUGCACGCUGGAGGACAAGCAGAAGAAGCUACAGCUGGCCAAUCAGGAGCUUCAGACCUUCCAACAGAGGUACAAUAAGUUGAAGGAGGAGAGGAACACCUACAGUGACGAGCUGCUGAGAGUGAAGGAUGAAAACUACAAACUGGCCAUGAGGUACGCCACGCUGAGCGAGGAGAAGAACAUGGCUGUGAUGAGGAGCCGAGACCUGCAGCUAGAGGUUGAUCAGCUGAAGCACAGGCUGAACAAAUUGGAGGAAGAGUGUAAGAUGGAGAGGAGGCAGAGUCUCAAGCUGAAGAAUGACAUCGAGAACCGGCCGAAGAGAGAGCAGAUCUUUGAACUGGAAAGAGAGAACGACUUGCUCAAGCACAAAGUACAGGAGUUACAGUCCAUCAUACAGCCGGGCCCACUACCUGCAUCAGACAAGGCCAUCCUUGACAUUUUGGAGCAUGACAGACAGGAAGCAUUAGACGACAGACAGGAUCUGGUCAACCGCCUCUACAAUCUCCACGAAGAAGUGCGGCAGGCAGAGGAACUACGAGAUAAGUACCUGGAGGAGAAGGAGGAUCUGGAGCUGAAGUCCUCCACACUGCAGAAGGACUGUGAGAUGUACCGCAACCGCAUGGACACCAUUACCGUCCAGCUAGACGAGGUGGAGAAGGAGAGGGACCAGGCAUUUCGAGCUAGAGACGAGGCCCAGCACCAAUUCUCCCAGAGCCUCAUCGACAAAGACAAAUAUCGCAAGCAGAUCAGAGAGCUGGAGGAGAGGAGCGAUGAGCUCCACAUCGAGAUUGUACGCAAAGAAGCCAAGCUGGUCACCUUGGAGUCUCGCCUACGACGGACGAAGGAAAUUGGGCUGGAUCAGAGUUUGCCGAGGGACCUGCCUGCGACCAUCAUCUCUCAAGCGGGGGACUUUAAACACGUCCAGGACCAAGCAGAGUGGUCCAGCGAUGAGUCGCCGGGGGAGAAGUUCUCAUCUGAUGAGCCUCGUCUCAAACGCAGACCCAACCUCAAAGCAGGGAACAGAGUUAAGUCUCCAGUCUGUGUCCCCAAAGAAGUGAACUUAACUCAAUCUGCAGCUCCGUCAGUCAACGGAGGAGACUUUCUGGAAAUCCAGAUGCGAAACUCGCACGGCAACUGCACCUCCCUCCCUAACUCCCCCAGCAUCCUGAUGUCCCCCACAUAUCCACCCUUCUCCGCUCACCCCCUCUCCUCCUCCCCCUCCCCGUCUCCAUCCCCGCUCCCCUUCACUGUGGUUGAACAGUCCAACAGGCCAAACAUGCUGCGUUACCGUAACGACAGCAUGCUGCCUGAGCCACCAGAGAAAGCAUCGCUUUACCGCAGAGAGAGGGAGAAGGAACAUGACUUCCAUCCCCGCAGCCUCUCGGACUUCGACAGUGACAACAUGGAAAUGGAGUUUGAGGACGAGCGUGGUCCAUCUUCUGUCCACUCAUCUUCCUCAUCGCAUCAGUCAGAAGGGAUGGACACUUAUGACCUGGAGCAGGUCAACAGUAUCUUCAGGAAACUCUCUCUGGAGCGGCCGUUCCGUCCGUCUCUGUCUUCCUUCUCCAGGAUCAGCGCUUCCCUGAAGCCGGUGCAGGAGCUGUCGUUGCAAGGCGACAACCUGCUGAAGGACAUCACCCUGGUCGGCGGCAACGACAGCGGGAUUUUCAUCUCAGCCGUCCAGUCGGGCUCCAUCGCUGAGAAAGUGGGGCUUCGAGAGGGCCACCACCUCCUACUGCUUGAGGGAUGCAUACGUGACGAGAACCAAAGCAUUUCAUUGGAUACCAGCACUCAGGAAGAAGCCCAUUGGACGCUGCAGCACUGCUCUGGACUAAUCAGGCUGCACUAUCGAGCCAACUUUGACUCCUAUCGACGCCUUCAGAGGGACCUAGCGGAAGGCCCGUUGGUUUCCGGCGACUCCUUCCACAUACGGGUUAACCUCAACAUCUCCGGCCAAUCAGACAGCUGCUCUCUGAGCGUGCACUGCGAUGAGGUGGUGCACGUGCUGGACACCAGGCACCACGGUCACUGUGAGUGGCUGUGCGCUCGUGUCGACCCCUACAGCGGCUCCGACCUGCCUGACCGCGGCACCAUACCCAGCAACUCACGGGCCCAGCAGCUACUCCUGGUAAAGAUUCAGAAGUUUGUGUGUCGAGGGGGGAGAGAAGAGAAUGAGAUGAACCGCAAUAGGAACAAUUUACAGCCAGAAGAAGCCAGCCCGUCUCCUGAUACUAAAGCCAGCCCACGCUUGUCUCGAGCCAGCAUCUUCCUAACUCAGAUACUGCAGUUUGUCAGCCGGGUGGACAUCAAGUACAAGCGAAUGAACAGCAACGAGCGCGUUCGGAUCAUCAACUCAGGCAGCCCAACAACACUACCCAGACAAGGUUUUGAGGUGCUGAGACCAGAAGAUGCUGCUGACCCAGACAGUGAGCUGAGCAGGAGUUUGAGCCUGAUUCCCUACAGUACUGUCACCCCCCAGCGGACCCAGAGGAGAAGACCGGUCCUAUUCACUCCCACUGCUCUCGCCAAAACCAUUAUCCAGAAAAUACUCAACAUGGGGGCAGCCAUGGAGUUUGACAUCUGCAAACCAGACACCCUGUCCAAAGAUGAGUUUCAUCUGAAACAGAAUGUGGAGCCCUUCAUUCACUACAAAGAGAAACACACCACAUUUGAAUGCAUCACCCGAGAAAACAUAGAGGCUGUCGCUUCUAAGGGCAAACACUGCCUGCUGGAGGCCGAGCUGAGCUGCGUCAAAGACCUUCUGCGGAGAGAAAUCUACCCCAUCAUCAUCUACGUCAAGAUCUGUGAGAAGAAUGUCAAGAAGUUACGGAAGUUGCCUCUGCGCGUGGAGUCGGAGGAGGAGUUUGUGAAGUCGUGUCGGGCGAAAUUGAAGGAGCUGGAGGGCAUUCCCUGCCUCUACGCCAGCGUGGAGCCCGAGGCCUGGGCAGGAACGGACGACCUCAUAAGGGUCGUCAAAGAUCGGAUCCUGGAGGAGCAGAAGAAGACGAUCUGGGUGGAGCAGGACCUCCUGUAGACACACGCACAGAUACACACAACGGUCUGUACAGGGAAAUAGUGUAUUGUAGCUGAGCACCGUAAAAAACACCCAUGUACAUUCUGCUUUUAUGCAUAUUUAUGCCAAGACUCAAAAAUGCACAUGUGGACAUUCGCACUGCUAUAACAUAAAUGCAUUAUAUAUUUUGUAAAUGUUUGCCUUGACUUUGAUUUAGAGAAAUAAACAAAUGGAAAACUUUAAAAA